UAUUUUUAUUUAUUUUUGGUGUAGCCAGGGUUUUGUUGGUGGUAGCUGGUAUUUUCAAAACCCAGCUCAAGUGAAGCUCAACAGCAUCAUCGUCAACCUCUCGCCGUCGAUCAAACACUAUGCCGAGAAAUGACGGCGUUCGUUUCACUUCCUCUUCUCUCAGACUCCCUCUCUCUCCUCCACCUCACCCCCACCACCACCACCCCAUCCCUCUCUUCUCUAAUCUCAAAUUCGCUUCCCAAACCCUAAUCUCUUCUACUCUUUCCAGAACCAUGUCGUCAAUCGAUCAAUUCCUUAAAAACUUGAAGAAUACCCACAAAAAAACCACUCCAUUUCACUCCAAGUCCUCUCUCUUGUGCUCUGCGUCCUUGUCUCUGACUCGUCCCGACGACUCGGCCACUUCCGAGGCCGUGGUGGCUCAGCCCAAGGGCGGUGGGUACUCAGCGACUGGUCGACAUGAGGAGGAGAGAGUGUUGAUCAGUGAGGUCUUGGUGAGGAACAAGGAUGGCGAAGAGCUGGAGCGGAAGGACCUCGAGAACGAAGCUCUCGCAGCACUGAAGGCGAGCCGACCCAACUCGGCACUCACAGUUAGGGACGUCCAAGAGGAUGUUCAUAGGAUUAUAAGUAGUGGGUACUUCUGUUCUUGCAUGCCUGUCGCCAUUGAUACACGGGAUGGUAUUCGAUUGGUGUUUCAGGUAGAACCAAACCAAGAGUUCCAAGGGUUGGUGUGUGAAGGGGCUAAUGUUCUUCCGACAAAGUUUAUAGAGGAUUCUUUUCGUGAUGGAUAUGGAAAAGUGGUUAAUAUUAGGCGUUUAGAUGAAGUAAUAGAUUCCAUCAAUGGCUGGUACAUGGAGAGGGGUCUUUUUGGCUUGGUUUCUGGCGUUGAGAUUCUUUCUGGGGGUAUUAUUAGGUUACAAGUUUCUGAAGCUGAGGUCAACAAUAUAUCUAUACGUUUCCUUGAUCGUGGAAGACGUGAACCAACUGUAGGGAAGACAAAGCCUGAAACAAUACUUCGGCAACUUACUACUAAAAAGGGACAGGUCUACAGUAUGCUUCAAGGAAAAAGAGAUGUUGAUACUGUGUUAACAAUGGGUAUCAUGGAAGAUGUUAGUAUUGUUCCCCAGCCUGCUGGAGAUACUGGUAAGGUUGAUUUAACAAUGAAUGUUGUUGAACGUGUUAGUGGAGGCUUCUCUGCUGGUGGUGGGAUUUCAAGUGGGAUAACAAGUGGCCCUCUAUCAGGACUGAUUGGAAGCUUUGCAUAUUCUCAUAGAAACGUAUUUGGGAGAAACCAAAAGCUCAAUGUUUCAUUAGAGAGAGGGCAAAUUGACUCAAUAUUUCGAAUAAACUACACAGACCCAUGGAUUGAAGGUGAUGACAAGCGGACAUCAAGAUCAAUCAUGAUUCAGAAUUCAAGAACCCCUGGCACACUUGUUCAUGGAAAUCAGCCUGACAAUAGUAGCCUGACCAUAGGCCGGGUUACAGCUGGCAUUGAGUUCAGCCGACCAUUCAGGCCAAAGUGGAGUGGAACAGCAGGACUUAUUUUCCAGCAUGCUGGUGCUCGUGAUGAUAAAGGGAAUCCCAUUAUUAAGGACUUCUAUAGCAGCCCGCUUACUGCAAGCGGCAAUACGCAUGACGAUACAUUACUUGCUAAAUUUGAGUGUGUAUACACUGGUUCUGGUGACCCUGGAUCUUCAAUGUUUGUCUUCAACAUGGAGCAAGGACUUCCUGUAUUGCCAGAAUGGCUGUUUUUCAACAGAGUGAAUGCUCGUGCAAGGAAGGGUUUAGAUAUUGGUCCUGCUCGCUUUCUUUUGAGUUUAUCUGGUGGCCAUGUGGUUGGCAAUUUCUCCCCUCACGAGGCAUUUGCAAUUGGUGGGACAAACAGUGUGAGAGGUUAUGAAGAAGGUGCAGUAGGGUCAGGGCGGUCUUACGUGGUUGGCUCUGGAGAAAUUGCUUUCCCACUGUUGGGGCCAGUAGAAGGUGCUAUUUUUGCUGAUUAUGGAACUGAUCUUGGAUCAGGCCCGACUGUGCCUGGUGAUCCUGCUGGGGCAAGGUUAAAGCCUGGAAGUGGAUACGGGUAUGGGUGUGGGGUACGUGUGGACUCUCCUUUGGGGCCUCUGCGACUUGAAUAUGCCUUCGACGACAGGAAAGCAGGGAGGUUUCACUUCGGGGUUGGUCAUCGUAAUUGAAAGAGAGGUCUUUGCAUUACCAUAUCCACAGAUUUGCGUUGAUGCCAAAUGUUAUAAUAAUCAAUUUUGGUUUGUUUAGGUGUAUUGGUUUGGUUUCCCUGCCUGUGAUCAAUUUUUUCUUUGUACAAAAAUCAUUUUGGGCUGCUUUUAUGUGGGUCCAUAAAAGCAACAUAGCAUCUGUUAUGGUGAGAACUAGUUUACUUUUGGGGGCUCUAGGAACGCAAGAACAUCUUACUGUAAUCUUGUUAGAUUGAAAAAAGUACUGUGGUUGUUAUCAAGGCUAUUUUUUUUUUCUAGAGUGAUUGUUGUAACAAAA